GCUGCUGCUGAGCUGCAAUGAAUGAGCAUCCAGCACAGGGGCACGCGAGCCCUUCCCGGCACUAUCGCCCAGAGCUGCCGAUGGACCCACUAGGAAGAUUCAAGAAUUAGACGGCAAGGAAGGGAGGGAGGGAGGAAGGAAGGAACGCUCUGUUCUUCAUUGCAAAAAAACAAAGGGCACAAAAACAGCAGAGAGUGCUGAAAUCCGACAGCCUCCCCUUCCUCUCCCUCUGGGAUGAGCCAGGAUGGGUGGUCUGCGAGUCAGGGCGGGAUGCCCUGAAUGUAUCAUGCCUAACUGCAUCCAUUGUGCAAAGAGAAGAUACAAAUAACCGCAGCCUCCACUCGGUGAACGCCGCUGCCGCAGCAACAUUAGCCCGGGAAGGAGGAAGCCCUCAUGCCUAUCAAACCCACCACCCAUACCUGAUCGUCGAAGCUGGACAGGAGCAACUGGUUCAAGAUGGCUAAUAGGCCCAAGAUCAGCGAGGCACUGAAGGUGGUCGUCCGCUGCCGCCCGAUGAACAGGAAGGAGGAAGCUGCCGACUACGAGAGGAUUUUGGACAUGGAUGUGAAGCUGGGCCAAGUGACUAUCCGGAACCCCAGAGCCUCACCAGGAGAGCUGGCAAAAACGUUCACCUUUGAUGCUGUUUAUGAUGCCAACUCCAAGCAGGCAGAUCUGUAUGAUGAGACUGUCCGGCCCUUGAUAGAUUCAGUUCUGCAAGGGUUCAAUGGCACCAUGUUUGCCUAUGGUCAGACUGGCACAGGGAAGACCUACACUAUGCAAGGGGUCUGGGCUGACUCUGAGAAGAGAGGUGUCAUCCCCAACUCUUUUGAGCACAUUUUCACCCAUAUCUCUCGCUCACAGAACCAACAGUACUUGGUCAGAGCUUCCUACUUGGAGAUCUAUCAAGAGGAGAUCAGAGAUCUCUUGGCCAAAGACCAGAGUAAGAAGAUGGAGCUCAAAGAGAACCCAGAAACGGGUGUUUACAUCAAAGACCUUUCAUCAUUUGUAACGAAAAAUGUGAAAGAAAUUGAGCAUGUCAUGAAUUUGGGGAACCAAAACCGGUCAGUGGGCAGCACCAACAUGAAUGAAUACAGUUCUCGUUCGCACGCCAUCUUUGUCAUCACGGUGGAGUGCAGUGAGACUGGCCCAGAUGGAGAAGAUCAUAUUCGGGUAGGAAAGCUCAAUCUGGUGGAUUUGGCUGGGAGUGAGCGGCAGAGCAAGAUGGGGACGCAGGGGGAACGGCCAAAGGAAGCAUCCAAGAUCAACCUCUCCCUCUCUGCUUUGGGCAAUGUCAUCUCAGCCCUGGUGGAUGGCAAGAGCACCCACAUUCCCUACAGAGACUCCAAGCUCACCCGCCUUCUUCAGGAUUCCCUUGGUGGCAAUGCCAAGACUAUCAUGGUGGCCACGCUGGGCCCAGCCUCCCAUAGCUAUGACGAGAGCCUGUCAACCCUCCGGUUUGCCAACAGGGCCAAAAAUAUCAAGAACAAACCCAGGGUCAACGAGGACCCCAAAGACACCCUCCUGCGUGAAUUCCAAGAGGAGAUCACACGCCUUAAGGCCCAACUGGAGAAACGGGGAAUGCUGAGCAAGAAGAGGAGGCGGAACAGCCGGAGGAAGAAGACACUUGAUGGGGAGGGGACCCCUGAGACUGAAGAAACUGAGGACAAUGAGGAUGGGGGCCUAGAGAAAAACAUGACAAAUUACUUGAAGGAGCAAAAAGAGAGACUGGAGGAGGAGAAAGCAGCCAUCCAGGAUGACCACAGCUUGGUGAGCGAGGACAAGCAGAAGCUAUUGGAAGAGAAGGAGAAGAUGAUUCAGGAACUGAGAAAAGAACAAGAGGCCACUGAACUACUAGCCACAAAGUACAAGGCGAUGGAAAGCAAGCUGCUGAUUGGAGGGAGGAACAUCAUGGACCACACAAAUGAGCAACAGAAGAUGCUGGAGCUGAAGAGGCAGGAGAUUGCAGAGCAGAAACGGAGAGAACGGGAGAUGCAACAGGAAAUGCUCUUGCGAGAUGAGGAGACCAUGGAGCUCCGGGAGACCUUUACCUCCUUGCAGCAAGAAGUGGAGAUCAAAACCAAGAAGCUGAAAAAGCUCUAUGCCAAGCUCCAGUCUGUGAAGGCAGAGAUCCAGGACCAACACGAUGAAUACAUCCGAGUACGACAGGAUCUGGAAGAUGCACAGAAUGAGCAGACACGAGAGCUGAAACUCAAGUACUUAAUAAUUGAAAACUUCAUCCCCCCUGAGGAGAAGAACAAAAUCAUGAACCGUCUGUACUUUGACUGCGAGGAGGACCAGUGGAAAUUCCAGCCGUUGGUGCUGACUGGAGGAGGUGGCAGCAGCAUCAGUAGCAGUGGAAAUACUCAGAUGAAGAAGCGGCCAACCUCUGCAGUAGGAUAUAAGAGGCCAAUCAGCCAAUACGCUCGCCUAGCCAUGUCAGUGGGUUCCCAUCCUCGGUACCGGGCUGAGAACAUCAUGUUUCUGGAACUAGAUGUCUCCCCACCAGCUGUAUUUGAGUUUGAGAUCACACAGGACCAAAGCGAGCAUGAUCCACGAGCACUGCACCUAGAGAGGCUCAUGCGCCUGGAUAGCCUCUUGGAGCGGCCUGCUGCAUCUCGCGUGCGGAAGUCACGGUCUUGGUGCCAGAGUCCUCGUUCCCUGCCAUCCUCAGCUACACACGUAUCCCUUGCCUCCAGCACACAGAAACCCUCUACAGCACUGGCUCACAAGUAACACCCCACCUGCCCUUCCCCUUGUCCUUCCUUCGCACACGGAGGACUGCACUCCUUCUCCUGCCACUGGCUGCCUCCAAGAACAUGUGGUCCAGGGAUGGGCUUCCCCUGCACUAACUCUUCUUUGUCUUUAGCUACUUCUUGUGUGUUUGCGUGUCUGUAAGAAAGAGAUGACGGCUUCCCUGGGGUCCACAUGCCCACCCUCUCUGGAUCUGUCAUUCUAUUUAUUUAACAUAUUUAUUUAUGGUAUGUCUUUGUGACAAAGCGGGGUUCCAGACUGAGCAGCAUCCUCGGUUAGUGGGGAGCCCAGCGCCCACUGCUCUCCUGCCAAUGUUGGAGUGGCUGCACAACGCACAAUGUUCCUAAAAGAAGACUGUUAGUUUUUCAUCACUCCAUUGAUACUCCAUUGAGCUCCCAAUGGCAACUCAUUUAUUAGUAGGGAGGAAACCGUACAAUCUGCACUUAGCUCCAGUGGCAGUGUAGAGCUCGCUCUGUGUUCUUCAAGGGGUCAUGGUCUGCUUUGUUAUAUCUUCUAUGCAGUCGGGCAAGAGUUGGUGACAGGAAUAUGAUUUUAUCAACCACAGAAACCCCUUUUGUUCUUGCAAGAAGAACAUCAUGUUCACCAUUCUCAUUCACCAUGCUGGCUCCGUACUGCACAGAAAUGCACUGGGCACUAAUUUUGCGAACAGAAUUUAGAGGGGGGGUGGGGUAACCGAAACAUCUUUAUGACUCUAUGGCACCUUCUCACUUGCACCCGUUUCAGACAAGCAGCCUUUUUCAUCCACAAAACAACUUGUUCAAGGUCUUACGUCUUUACAGUCUUGCAACAGAAAUCCUCUGUGUUCUUAUUGGGGGAGAGACAAUCUGUAAAAAAAACCAACCAGGCAUGUAGGGAAGGAGAACACUCCAUUCCCCAGCAGAGUGGAAGGAAACUCCGGACAUUAAUCUCCUGCAAUUGAGGAUCAGACCAGAUGAGAUGCUGGUAAUUCCAUGAAGGAAGCUCCUAGCAUUCCUCCCUGCUUUAAAUAGCUGCCAUGCAGGAUCCUGACUUGUAUCUGAUCCUGCAGUACAGUGGGGAGGAAUUAAGACUUUCCCCUUCCAUCAUUUUCCCUAUCCAGGACAGCUUCAUGGGACUGCUGAUUGUCCCAUUUGACAAACAUAACAGAAUCUGAUACAGAUAAAUCUGAUAAAUAGAAACUCCAUAGACCUGUUUUUUGGGUAGGGAACAUAUGGAAAGGGAAAGGCUUACCUAGUUCCAGUCUGAAUUUGGGUCCCAUAAUGCCGACUGUUUAAAGGGGAGGGAACUGCUGAGAGCUCCAUGCAUGGAAUUCGCAGAGUCUUGUGUAAUUUUGCCCUGAGACAGGCAGACUUCAUUCUGUACUCUGAGGACUUCCAGGGAUUCAGCAGAGGUCAUCAUGGAAAAGUGGAGAAAUCAGAGAUAUUCUACUCUAAAAAAUCCUAAAGUUCUCUGUGUAGCCAUGUGUAUGUCCUCUUUUCACUUGAGCCUGUAAGUUGCUGCAUGACAACCUCUAAACAUUGGCUAUCUAGAGGAAACAAUCUGUUACCAGUUUAUUUCAUCUCCAAGGUUCCCCCCUUCUCCCAUUUCAUCCUUUCACUAGUUUAGUCUGCAAGUUAAUGAUAAGUCCAUAAUCACUCAUGUCUAGAAUCCAGCUGUGGGUAACUGCAGCUACUUCUAGCCAAGAUUUACUCAGUUGAGCUGCAAGGUGGCUACUAUUUUCCCCUCAAACUUGCUUCUCAUUGUAGCUGCUAACCCUUCAGCCCCAGGCAGCUGCUCUGCUUCCUUGGGAUGCUGUAUGUGCAUAAACGCCCAUGCCAUCCAAGACCCGCCAUUAGCAGCAGAGCAAUGGUGAUAUGGGGAGGUGAACCUGAUGCGGUUGGACUUGUUUAGAGGUGGGAAGAGAGAAAGCACAGAGACCUCCAGGGCCCAAAACUAUAUGUUCAGAGCCCUACAACAGCUUGUGUUGCGAAAAGGGCUCUUCCUCUCUCUGAGGCCGUGAUGGAAAAGAGAUGCCUAGUUAAAAACAAAGACUUCCGACAUUGAGCUUGGCAUACCUCAGAGUGAUAGCAGAGAUCAGCCUAUCUGAACACAGAUCCAUGGCAUGUAAUAUCGAGCCAGGGGUGUCCUCCUCUUUUAAGUCUAGCUAUCAAUUACCCUAAGCGUCAGUUUCUGUCUUCAUGUUGCCUAGCCUAGUACAUUCCUUCCCACAGAUUCUGUGGACAUUUCAGUUUGUGUUCACACUCGGGAGUAUGCUUACAAUUGUUUAACAUGGAUUACUGUGUUAGCCUUUAAUUCUGCCCUAAGAGAGUGGUAGAAGGAUACGUUCUUACCAUUUUUACAGUGCAUGAUUGUGAAUGAAUCAGGAUUUGCAUCUCUGUUUUGUAACGAGAACAGAACCAGGAGUGGUAGUUAUUCCUGAUUUAUUAGUGUGGAGCAGGAGUGGUUUUUUUUUUUUUUACUUGCGUAGUAUCUGCUUCUGAAAGCCAUAAGCCACUGCAAGGUGGCCCAGAGGAUGGGGAGAGACGGGGAGGCUGCUGCUUCUGUUGAGGAAAUGACAGCAGUCUAUUUUCUAGAACGUUUUGGUCGUGAUGCAGACAAGAAAAAGACGCAGGCCCUACAAUGCAGUGUUUUGCAGUUUCACUGUGCAGUGCACCAGUUUAUCCUUGAUCGGCUGCCUUAGGGGCUCUCUUUCAUCCUGUGUACUUGCCGCUUGUCAUAAUCAUGCCUGCCUUAUUUUCUCUGGGUACUGCACAUGACAUAGAACCCGUGAUGGCCAGGACAGGAAGACGGUCAGACACCACAAGAAAUAAGGAAUGUUGUGGGGACCAUGAUGUUGGAAGGGGAGGGGGAAGAGGCUUGGUGGGUCAGUCUGAGUAGGUCUGAUGUGGCUUUCAGGUCACGUACUGAAGGAUAGUACAGCUGUUACAGGAAAGUCUCUUUUGCAUCCUCCUCCACCUGUCUGUAAGUGGAGUUUGAACUGAUCCAGUCAAUACUUCCUUGCCUUUGAUUUCCAGAGUCUCUUAAACACGUGCAUUGUCCUGGAGCUGGGAUCAAGCACUUCCAGAUGGAUCUUCUGGGUUUACUAUACAGCACAACAGCAACGCACAGCAAGGGGGCAUGGAACGUUUCAAGUCUGGCCAGUGUCAUAUUUGCAAACCAAUUGCUCAUGGCCUUUAAGAUCUUGCCAACCCUACUGUCUUCUUGGACAUGGCAGUAUUUGGGUUGUUUCUGCCCUUUGGACUUGGUUGACCAUGGGAUACAUGGAGAUACAGAGCCCAGCAGACCUUGCAGGACAAAAGACAUCCAUUUUUCCUAGCAGCAAAGGCUGGAGACAUCUGUUCUGCCUGAGUUGUUUGCAAUUGCAACAGAGAUUGUCGCUGUAGAAGACACACCAGAGCAGAACUGUUUAUACCCAACCUGGACUGGUACUGGCUUUAAACGGGUUAGGGCCAGGUUGUAUAUCCUACCCUGCAGAUUUUGACUUUUGGAAUUUGGCAGAGUCUCUCCACAGCUAGUCCCUCCCCAGGUGUGGUGCCCUUGUGCAUACAAGCAAGGGGCACAACAAGCUACUAUUGAUGCCAAAGUGCCCCUUUGAUACUCCCGCCAAGUAUCAUAUCUGAAGAUCUUUUGCAUUCUGUUUCUCUGUCCGCUGCUGUGCUGCCAAUAACCUCAGAUAACUUCCUAGCACAAAACCCAAGAACAGUUAUUAAGAAAUUCUGUCAUUUAAGACAAGAGCCAGCUCAGUUAGCUGUGGUGUCCCUCCUGCCUCUGCAAAACAGGCCAGGUUGCUCCCAGCGCCUCGCUGCAUUGCUGCAACAACCUCAGAUGUAAAUUUCUGACAUUCUUUGUUCUUUGUAUGUUGGCGAGUCUGUAUUUACAUAUGAAUGUGUGUGUGUGGUGGAUGCGUAUGUUGUGUGGGUGAGUGUGGGUAGGAAAACUAUGAAAUUACUGUCUAUGUGGGUGACUGGAGAGGGGACAAAUUCCAGAGGGGGGGUCACAAAGUGGGAGGGAUUGGUUGAUUGGCAAGAUGAGGGCCUCAACUGGGACCAAAAUCUUUGUGCCUGUUGCUGUGGUGGUUUAUUUAGGAAGUCAAAAGUUGGUGUACAGUGGCCCAUGCUUGUCGCUCUAUACAUAUGAAUAUACAGGACAUAUUAUGCAUAGAUAUAUUAUACAUAAAUUUACUGGCAGAGGUUGUUUGUCCCACACCCCCUCUGGUUCUGGAUGGUUAAGCUCUUCAAUACUCUGUAAUGUUGCUUGAUUUUAGUGCUGUCCCAAGCAGCCCUCUGGCAGCACCAUUCCAAAAAUCUCAAUCAUGACA